CGAAGAAUGACAAGAGUUAUUUUUUCAUGCUGCCCCUCGAGGCAAGUAAUUCCUUCUAUUAAACACCACUGGCUCAUCAAUCAACUAAUUAUCUUUUAGAUCCGAAUCGAAAUCUAUGAGUAUGUUGUAACAGCUGCUCCAGAGGUCAUCUAUCCCAAGCAAGUAACAAAAGGAUCCAACAAGUUCAUCCGGGGAAUGUGGGGAGAAUACCGAUGGAAGACUAGUUAUGACAUCUGCCCAAGCAAGCCUAUCCUCGAGGUGGAUGAACCGGUACCAUUAGACAUCGUCUCCCUCGCACGUGUCUCUCGAAGGGUAUAUCAUGAACUAGAAGCAUACCCUGUCUUUUACCGCGUUAACACUUUCGGGUUCGAGUUUGUCGAACAUCUCCAUGUAUUCCUAGCGGCCAUUACCCCUAAGCGCAGAGCAGCGAUUCGACGGCUUGAAGUAUCCAUAUAUGGGACUCACGCUGACCGCGACCUUCACCGCGACCCUCACUGCGACCCGUGGUGCUCCUACCGUCGAAUAUGGGAUCCUAACAGGCUUUCCCAGUUACCCUCUUUCCACCCUAAGCCUUUUUUCCUGUCUUUGCUCAGCCAAUGCAGAGACAUCAGGGAGUUCCGCGUACAACUAAAGCACAUAACGGGCCCAGAAUACUUGAAAGUUCUUGCGACGUUGCCUCUUGAUGCAGCCUCUCCGUGGAAUCUACCAUUUAUCCGGGUCGGGAGCUACUUAAGAUCUCAAACAUUUUUUGUGUUCGGGGAAACCCCAACCAUUCCAACGCUAGCUCUGGAGCAUAUGUGGUCCAUCAAGUUGAGUGAUGCUCAAUUGAAUAGCCCCGAAUUCGCGGAGCAUAUACACUGGUCGAAGCAGUUCCACUUAGCGAUGGCUACUCGCAGGAGACGCGCACAGGAAGAAGGAAAUAGGUUUCCCAAGUGGUUCACGGACCUGGGUGGACGACAACCGCUCGAUGAGGCUAUCGGGGCCGCGGGCCUCGACUUCUCAGGAGAGGACCGGGUUAGCCAAGAUCGCGCCAACAGCACUGUUGGCCCCAUCUCGUCUCGAACGAGACGCAAAAAAUGGACGAUACACUCGCCAACCGGUGUACUGAACUACCAGCAACCCAAGUACAGUGCCGACGGGAUGCUGGUGAUAUGGAACUAUCGUGUUACUGAAGUUCGCUGGAACGACUCACACGAAAUCGAAUGCAAGUUAAAGUACAGCGAGCCUGAUAGAGUUCCUGCAACUUCGUGGGAAAACGUAGAAAGUGUGGUGCGCACGUCGGCUGGUGAGCAUACACUCUGCGUAUUCUACGAUCAAACUCAUUGGGCCGCCAUAAAAACAAUGUAUUGCAAUCGUGACCUCAACUGUUCUCAGUUGUUGGGCACACCAUCCCCAAACGACGUCUUCGAACUUGUAGGCGACAUCAACAAGGUCUUAUCAGAAGUAUAUAAAGAUCAUGAACAACGUUCCGAGAGGAAAAAAAGGUUGGAAGAAUGGCGCCAGGUGACCGAUAAGUGGAUGACUACGAUUGGGCAAAUCAAGGGGGAGUAGCCGCGCACGCUGACAAUGCGGCGAAGGAGCGUGGUAGUGAAUAGAGCUAAGGGGAGAGAAAAGAAAGGGAAACGGAAAAGGAGUUAGCAGAAGAAAAAGAGGCUUGUUUUGAAAUCUGAAUGGGAGGGAGGCAGGGGCUUCUUGAUGAAGCUAAGCUGCUGAUCACGAAGGUACGGGGGUACGGGAUAUCGAAACACAUCGGACGAUAUCUAGAAUGCCUUCAAAAAGGGUGUGCGUUUUACAAUAAUUAUUUCAUAACCCUACACGAGAGCCUAGAUAGAGGCAUAGACCUAUGAUGAACUUUCUUCAAAGAAGUUCUCGCCUUUCUCCAUAAAAGCAAUCAUCUAAGGUGAAAUAUUGUCGCGUGUCUAUUUAGAUUUACGCCUGAAUUUCACUCUCCUGCUUGAUCGGCUCAUCUGCGUCAUUAGCAUUGAGAUUAUCCCUUUCCUGCCAUUUGGGCGACCGCCCACUGGCAAGGUUUACUUUCAAUUUGCUGCCGCGGAAGUCGAUACCAUUCAAUGCAUCCAUAGCCGCCUGAGCUUCCUCUGGCGUGGCGAAGUCUACGAAACAGUAAUCGUGAUUGCCAGGCUUCGAGCGCGCUGAUUGGUUGGCCAUGAUUCUCUUGCUGAUCGCAUCGCUUUACAACAUGUUA